CCCUGCAGUAUUUUGGGGCGGGAGAUGGGUGUUUGCUUUAGAAAACGGGCAGAACUGGGUUGUGUUUCAGCUCCUUUAUAUUGCUCCAACCGCAUCAAGCAAGCUAACGGCUACACUGGAACCUAACUAUUGCAGAUUGCCCCGGCAUGGUCACACAGAGCAGACUGGAAUAGAAACACCUAGAUGCCUGGCUGAAGCUUGAAAUUAAUGACUUUUUAUAGUUGUGUAUUAUUUUGCCAGCUGUUCUCUCCCCCAUAGCUUGGUUUAGGACAAGUCCACAACGACCAAAACCAGCUUUUCAAAAGAAGCAAUGGAAAUUACAGGAAUUACCUGUAAUCUCUCCAUCUCAUUUACAAGCAGACGUUGAUUUUUUUUUUUUUUUCUUCCCUUUGGGGAGGUUAAUUGAUUUUGCCGAGAACGCGCAAAGAUGGCGAGGAUUCCCCAGCCAGGAGAGCUGCGCGCAUCCAGACCCCGCAAGAACGAACAACGCGACCCGAGGCACCGCGCUACGCGACCGCGCGUGUGCCGAGGGCGGCCGCCUUCCCGCGUGGGGCCGGCGGGCAGAGCCGGAACUCGCCGCCUGGGCCGGGGUUGUCACCGGCAAUAGGGUCCCCCCGCGGGGCUCCUCCUCCGCGGGCGGCGGGGGGGCCGCGGCGAGAUGGCGGCUCCGGCCGCCGAGCGGGAGCGGCAGGAGCGGCUGCGGGAGGCGGCGGCGCUGGGGGACGCGGAGGAGGUGCGGCGGCUGGUGGAGGAGGUGGGGGUCGGCCUCAACUCCCAGAACGAAGUCAACGGCUGGACUUGUUUGCACUGGGCAUGUAAACGGAACCACGCUCCCGUGGUGGCUUACCUGCUGCGUGCCGGCGCGGACAAGGAGAUCCUCACCAAGAAAGGAGAAAGGGCAGCCCAGCUGGCAUCAAAGAGAGAGAUAAGGAAGAUGCUGGGAGUGGAAGAUGAUGAACUCCCAGACUUAAAGAAAGAUCCAGAUCUGCCAAUCAUCCCUAAUUAUCUGGUGAACCCACCUUUCCCUUACAUUUAUAACACCACGAGUAACAGUAUUCCAGAUCCCUCCGUGAAUGGGAGUGCCUCACACUUGGAAUCGCAAGAUGCUGACGCUUCUUCCUUACCCGAUGUGGAGGCUCGCACACGCGCACCCUUACAGCACGGGAAGGCUGCUCCCCAGGCGGCCGGUAACGGGGCCGUGCCGUCCCUGCCCGCAGCGGGCUCUGCACCACCACGCUCCAAACCCCUCCUUCAGAGAGCUCCAGUUUACCAGGGACCUGUGUCUUGGAGCAGGAGUCCCCCUUCGCCAGCUGGAUCGCAUCAGUCUGUACCUCAGCAAGAGAACGGCUCCUGUGUGGGGCCUGUGCCAGCAUUUCAGCCCGUCUUCUUCACGGGAGCUUUUCCACUUAAUAUGCAAGAAUUGGUGCUUAAGGUUAGAAUACAAAACCCUAAUCUUAAAGAAAAUGACUUCAUUGAAAUUGAACUGGAUAGACAAGAACUGACCUAUAAAGAACUGCUCCGAGUGAGUUGCCAUGAGCUGGGUGUUAAUCCUGAGCAUGUACAGAAGAUCAGAAAAUUACCAAAUACAAUGUUAAGGAAGGACAAAGAUGUUGCAAGGCUACAGGAUUUCCAAGAACUGGAGCUUGUUCUAACAGUAAGCGACAAAAACUUACUUUUCAGAGCCCCAACACUUUCUGAACGGAGUGGUUAUAACAAGAAGGCAUCAGAACUUACAUACUAAUUGCUUAAAGAAUAAAAGAUUUGUAUCUCUCAUUUUAAAAUUACAUUUGAAAUAUAGUAUCUAUAAGGGCUAAUGAUGUGAAAAAAAUCUAUUUUGUUAACCUUGAAAAAGACUAAAGUUGUUAUGCACAGUUACAGCCUCUAGUUAAUCUAAGGGUAAUGAGUCUGAUAUGAAAAUAGCUUAAAGCAAAGGAAGUAUUGAUAGAACCUUCUGUUAAUGUAACACUUUUCAAAAAGAUAAUCUUGAAAUACUGCGGAGUUAGCAGCUCUCAGGGAAAGGCUUACCUUAAACUGUUCUAGUAAUUUGUUUGCUAUAAAAUAGCAGAGGUACUCAAGCUAAAGAACCUGCCAUGAAAUGCAUUUAAUAGUUGUACUGAAUCCAUUACCAUUAACAUUCACUUUUUAGAUCAUGUAUUUUAAGUCAUAUCUUAUUUAGAAGGAAAAAACCAGAAGGGUUUAAAGCUGUGGAAGAAGCACAAAACUAUGUCUAAAUACUAUCAAGUGUCUUAUUACCUGUGAUUUCUUAAUCCCUGUUUACACUUUUCCCUAUUUCUCAGGUUGCAAAUAAAAAGUGAUAGUAAUUAUCCAAAUCAUAAAUAUGCUCUCAACCAAAAUCUCUUAUAUUGUUGUCUGUCAAUAUAUAGUAUUGACGUGUGAAAUUUAAAAUACUAUUUUUGUUACUGUAUUGACAACAUAUUUCUCCAAUGCUGCUUUAAUUUCUCCUUUUAAAAGCACAAAAAUUGUAAUUUUAUUUGCCUUUCACCUCUACAUUCCUGAGAAAGAUCACAUCUUGAACCUUUACAAGUUGCAUGUGUAAAAAGAAACUAUUGAAAUGCCCAGAGUUUUCUGGGCCGAUAUUAAAUCUUGAUGUUCCUAUGCAAUGUAUUUUCUUUUUUUCCAAAUGACUUGUGUUUACCCAUGUUGUUCACUGGAGAAAAAAAAAAAAAUCAGUUUUCCUGUUACUUAAAAUUCAGAAAUAGACACUUUACUAUGAAAUUCUGAAAUAAAUAAAUUGAAAAGUA